AUGGAGAGACGAGAAUUCGUCGCGUCCCUCGUGGCUGGAGGGUGUGCCGGAAUGUGUGUGGAUCUCACCCUUUUCCCCCUGGACACCAUUAAAACCAGACUGCAAAGCCAGCAAGGCUUCUACAGGGCCGGGGGUUUCAGGGGCAUCUAUGCAGGUGUCCCAUCUGCUGCACUUGGCUCAUUCCCUAGUGCGGCUGCCUUUUUUGUCACAUAUGACUCUGCAAAGACCCUCCUUGGCUCUGGUGGUAUCCUAAAAGAACCAUCAAUGGCUCCAGUCACACACAUGCUAGCUGCUUCUUUGGGAGAAAUGGUGGCGUGUCUCAUCAGAGUGCCCGCAGAAGUUGUGAAGCAAAGGACACAAGCGUCUCCUUCAUUCAGCACAUACCACAUGCUUGUGGCUUCACUCAAAGAAGAGGGUGUUCGAGGCUUAUACAGAGGAUUUGGAAGUACAGUUCUCCGAGAGAUUCCGUUCUCUCUGGUGCAGUUUCCACUUUGGGAAUUUUUAAAGGCUCAAUGGUCACAGAGGCAAGGUCUCACACUCCACUCUUGGCAAGCUGCACUAUGUGGAGCCUUUGCAGGUGCGGUGGCAGCACUUGUUACCACUCCUCUGGAUGUGGCGAAGACUAGGAUAAUGCUGGCGAAGGCUGGGUCAACCACCGCAAGCGGCAACAUCCCACUGGUGCUUUGUGACGUGUGGAAGAGUCAAGGGCUUACUGGAUUGUUUGCAGGCAGCAUACCGCGGAUGACCUUCAUCAGCGUGGGCGGUUUCAUUUUCCUGGGAGCCUACGAGAAAGCCCGCCGGACUUUGCUGUUGUAA